AUGGUUUCUUUACCCUCUCAAUCAGCCGAUGAGGCUGUCCGCGCCUCCGCGAAACGCACCGCCGACCUAUUCGGUACAGAAUACCUAAUGGUCACACCCUCGACUCUGGCAGACGGCUCAAUCGGCGUGUCCUACCGGCGAAAAGCAGAAUACCAAGAUGUGAUGGAAUUGCCCUCAGCGCUGGCUGAGAAACAGGCAAAGGCUGCUGCGGGGCGCACAAAACGACCCAAGAUCCAGCCAGCCCAGUCUCAGGCUGUAGGCGAUGGCAGCGGUGCUUCGAUGGCGCUUGUCAGGAGGCCGGCGGGCGUGAGUGCAGGCGCUGCUGGCGGCGAAGAUCAGCCUAAGAGUUUGAUCCAAAGACCAUCGGCAACGAAGCAGCAACGGCCGGAUUGGCAUGCGCCAUGGAAGUUGAUGCGUGUGAUCUCGGGACAUCUGGGUUGGGUACGAGCCUUGGCGGUUGAGCCAAAUAACCAGUGGUUUGCCAGUGGUGCCGGCGAUCGGACAAUUAAGAUUUGGAAUAUGGCGACGGGUGCGCUGCGACUUACCUUGACGGGUCACAUUUCGACUGUACGUGGUUUGGCAGUGUCGCCCCGGCAUCCGUACCUUUUCUCGUGCGGUGAGGAUAAGAUGGUCAAGUGCUGGGAUUUGGAGACGAAUAAGGUCAUUCGCCACUACCACGGCCAUCUCAGUGGUGUCUAUACAUUGGCGCUGCACCCUCGCCUCGACCUGCUGGUUACCGGUGGUCGCGAUGGUGUAUGCCGAGUGUGGGACAUGCGCACGCGAAGCAACGUUCACGUUCUUUCUGGACACAAAGGCACUGUCGCCGACAUCAAGUGCCAAGAAGCUGACCCUCAGGUCAUCUCAGGCUCACUGGACGCUACAGUUCGACUAUGGGAUCUGGCGGCUGGCAAGUCUAUGGGCGUUCUGACGCACCACAAGAAGGGUGUUCGUGCGCUUGCUACUCACCCGACCGAGUUCACUUUUGCUAGUGCCAGCACCGGCAGCAUCAAGCAGUGGAAGUGCCCAGAGGGCGACUUCAUGCAGAACUUCGACGGUCAAAAUGCCAUCAUCAACACUCUUUCCGUCAACGACGAGAACGUACUGUUCUCUGGCGGUGACAACGGCUCCAUGUCAUUCUGGGACUGGAAGACUGGAUACCAAUUCCAAUCUAUCGACACUAUGGCGCAACCCGGUUCCCUCGACGCUGAAACCGGUAUCAUGGCCUCGACCUUUGAUCGGACUGGUCUGCGUCUUAUUACCGGCGAGGCGGACAAGACCAUCAAGAUCUGGAAGGAGGAUGAGAAUGCCACUCCCGAGACGCACCCUGUUACGUGGGCUCCUACUCUUGGCAGACAGCGGUAUUAG